AUGACUACAACAUCACCAUCAUCAAUGAUGAUGUUAAAGUCAUUAAAGGACAUUGAUGAUAUGAAUCAAGUCAAUGGAUUGACAAUCGAUGAGAUUGAGAGGAGAGCAAGAAGGAUAAGUGAUAACACAACGGAUACACAAUGGAGAUAUAGAAGCUUUGAAGGAUAUCUAGGUCCAAAUGAAUCGUUAAAGGAUCGUAUCAAAAAGGAUUGGUUACUGUUGGAUCAAUGGAAUGAUACAAUGAACAAGAAGAAGAUUACACAUGUUGACGUGGCACAUUACCUCAAUGACAUUAUCAAACAAUGUGAAGACACAAGGACCAAGCAUCAAUACGGUCCAAUGACACCAAUAACAAUCGAUUACAAUGUACCUGAAGAAUUAAGAUGUGAUGGUGAUGGUGAUCAACAACAACAUCAACAGAGGCUAACAAUAACGAAACAAUUGUUCAAUGGAUACCAAUACUCAUUGUUCUACAAUGAGGUCAAUGUCGAUGAUGUCAAUGGCAAUGUCAAGAAGGAUGGAGGAUUGAUUGUAAGAUUGUUUGGUGGCAAGAAGAGGACAAUGGAGCAACAGUAUCAAGAGCAACAGUUGGAAACAGAAUAUUGGAAUAGCAAAUGGAACUAUGAGUACACAAUUGAGAAUGUGACAUCGACAAAGAUGGAUAGCGAGCAGUUGUUGAUAAAGGUUGCAGGUGGACCAAAGUGUGGCAUCAUUCAAUAUAUCGAGAGAAUGGGAUUCUAUGAAGGUGACGAGUCCAAUGAAUAUCGUAUCGAUCCAAUACUUCUGUUGUCAAUGAUAUCUGGAGUGUCCUGUUGUGACACCAACACUUCAUCGAUGAGCAAGAGACAACAACUAUUCCAACAAUCUAUGUAUCUAAAGUAUAAUACUGAACUACUAUAUAAGAGACAAUUGAUCGAUAUCCAACAACAUGGUCAACAACAAGAUGAACAUGAAUUACAAGAAUUACGACAAAGAGUGGAACUACUUUUACAGUUGACUAAGAGAUACAAUGUAUUAUUAAGUGAUAAUAUUAAUAGUAAUAGUAAUAAUAAUAUUAUUAAUGUA